AUGCAAUUCAAGACCAUUGUCGCUGCCUUCGCUACUGUCGCUGCUGUUCAAGCUGCCAAGGACAACAGUUCUAACGGCUCCAACCACUCCAACAAGACUUCUUCCAGUCUUACAACCGGUGCUGCCAACUCCAACGUCUUGAACGCUGGUGUGUUCGGUGCUGCUGUUGCUGCCGGUGUCGCCUUCUUGUUCUAA